CAGAAAACCACAACACAUCACAAUUCACACACUUUGUCUACUUUUCUUCCAACGAUUUUGUUCAUUUGCUUGCUUGUAACCGUUUGUUUUUUUGUAAUUAAUUAAUCAAUGGCGGUUGAUGCUUUGUGUUCGCCGUUGGGUCCACCGGCGUGUGAGAAAGAUGCAAAGGCGCUUCAGUUCAUCGAAGAGAUGACGAGAAGCGCCGAUGCGGUUCAGGCCAGAGUUCUGGCUGAGAUUCUCAGCCGGAACUCUGAAACCGAGUAUCUCCGGCGAUACAAUCUCGCCGGAGCAACUGAUCGGGAAACAUUUAAGUCUAAGAUUCCCAUGGUAACUUAUGAGGAUCUUGAACCUAUUAUUCAACGUAUCGCAAAUGGCGAUCGCUCUCCAAUUCUUUCGGCUCAUCCCAUUUCUGAAUUCCUCACCAGCUCUGGCACUUCUGCGGGUGAGCGAAAGCUCAUGCCUACGAUUCGGGAAGAGUUGGAUCGACGUCAGCUACUAUACAGCCUUCUCAUGCCUGUAAUGAAUCUGUACAUGCCCGGCUUAGACAAAGGAAAAGGACUAUACUUUUUGUUCGUCAAGUCCGAAACAAAGACUCCGGGCGGGUUAUUGGCCCGACCCGUUUUAACUAGCUACUACAAAAGUGAUCAUUUUAAGACCCGGGCUUUUGACCCGUAUAACGUGUACACUAGUCCGAAUGAGGCUAUUCUAUGCCCCGAUUCGUUUCAAAGCAUGUAUUCGCAGAUGCUAUGCGGACUUUACGAGCGUCAACAAGUGCUUCGUCUCGGUGCAAUUUUUGCAUCGGGUCUGCUCCGUGCCAUUCGCUUCCUCCAGCUAAAUUGGAGGGAGCUUGCACAUGAUAUCCGAACCGGAACUCUUAACUUGAAGAUUUCCGAUUCGGAUAUCAGAUCGUGCAUGGCACGGGUGCUACGACCGGACAUGGAGCUCGCGGAUUUUAUUGAAUCCGAGUGCUCCAAGGAUAACUGGGAAAGAAUUAUUACACGAGUUUGGCCGAACACCAAGUAUUUAGAGGUGAUUGUCACGGGUGCAAUGGCGCAAUACAUUCCGACUUUGGACUACUACAGCGGCGGGUUACCGAAAGUUUGCACCAUGUACGCUUCAUCCGAGUGUUAUUUCGGACUUAAUCUCAACCCGAUGUGCAAACCGUCCGAAGUUUCGUACACCAUUAUGCCAAACAUGGCGUACUUUGAGUUUCUUCCGCACGACCCAAACUCUCCAUCCGCGGGUAGUGACAAAUUGGUCGACCUUGUUGACGUGGAAGUCGGAAAAGAAUACGAGCUAGUGAUCACCACUUACGCGGGUCUAUGCAGGUACCGUGUUGGUGACAUUCUCAGAGUCACAGGGUUCCACAACUCCGCCCCUCAGUUUCAUUUCGUGAGACGAAAAAACGUACUCCUGAGCAUCGACUCGGACAAAACUGACGAGGCGGAGUUGCAGUCCGCGGUCGAGAACGCAUCAAAGCUUCUAAACACAUUCAACACGACCGUGGUGGAGUACACCAGCUACGCCGACACGAAAACAAUUCCGGGACAUUACGUAAUCUACUGGGAACUAUUAGUUAAAGAUCCAACCAAUUCACCAACAAAAGAAGUGCUGGAACAAUGCUGCCUAGCAAUGGAGGAAUCGUUAAACUCGGUAUACCGGCAGGGUCGGGUCGAGUGCAAUUCGAUCGGGGCGUUAGAGAUCCGGGUGGUGAAAAACGGUACAUUUGAAGAACUCAUGGAUUACGCGAUUUCUAGAGGAGCUUCAAUCAAUCAGUACAAAGUUCCACGGUGUGUAAACUUUACACCAAUAAUGGAACUGCUUGACUCCAGAGUGUUGUCAAACCAUUUUAGUCAAAGUUUGCCUCAUUGGACCCCGGAACGACGUCGUUGAUGAAUGGUUGGACGUACAGGUGAUUUACGUAUAUUGUUUAGUUGUCACACGAAACCGACCAUUCCAAGUCAAAUGUAAGAAAGAUUCGUGAUUUAGGAUUUGUGUUUUUUUAUUCUUAUGUGUGGGUGAUUAUUUAAAUCGCGUAAUUAAUUAAUUAAUUAUGUGUAUAGUUUAAUUAGGUGAUUUAAGAUGGGGACGUUUCAACUUACAGGUUUCUUUUGUAUGUUUUUGUUACAUAAAACGACAACCUGUACGUAUGUGGCUUGCUUGUGUAGUAAGAAAUUUAAACUCUCUUUCUUUGGUGCA